CUACCGUUGCUCCUCAACUACCGUUGCUCCUCAGCCCCAGGCUAGGAGGGGGAAAUGGCGGGAGAGGGCCCCGGAAGCGGGGAGGGGGUCUCUCCGCUGAGGCAGUGCCUGAUCCGGCGGAAGAGCCAGCAGGAGCACCACGGGGUGGCGGCCUCCUGCCUGCGGGAGCUGCGGAGCAAGGCCUGUGACAUUCUGGCCAUUGACAAGGCCUGGGAGCCCAUCACCUUAGUUCUGGCAGAGGAUGGCACCAUUGUGGAUGAUGAAGAUUACUUCCUGUGUUUACCACCCAACACCAAGUUUGUGGCACUGGCCAGGAAUGAAAAGUGGACCAGCAGCUGCACAGAUGGGGGCUCAGCCUGGCUCUCAAGGGAGUCCAUAGAUGAAGUGGACUGUGGUGAAGAGAAGUGGAAGCAUCUGGCGAGACAGCUGAAAGAUGACCUGUCCAGCAUCAUUUUGAUGUCUGAGGAAGACCUCCAGGUUCUCAUUGAUGUACCAUGUUCAGACUUGGCCCAGGAGCUUUCCCAAAAUCAACCAAAAACCCAGAUGUUACAGGAUACCCUGCAGCAGGCGCUGGACAGACGAGAGGAAGAACGUCAAUCCAAACAGCUCCUGGAACUCUACAUGAAGGCCUUGAAGAAUGAAGGCAGCAUUUUAACUAAGGCAUCAGAACCUGAUGCUGCACCCAGGGAGGAGAUGAAUGUAGUCGACACUGAUAGCAGUAGUGCAGGUGUCUCCACCAAAAGAUCACUCAGUAGUGAGAUCCUUGCUGCACUGAAAGAGAAACCUGCCCCAGAACUCAGCUUAGACAGUCAGGAUCUAGAGCUGGUUUUCAAGGAAGACACAGAAGCCUUGGCUCUGGCACUGAGCUGGGAUAAGCAGAAGACUGAAGCUCUCCAGCAGGCCUGUGAUCAGGAGCUCUCCAGGCGCCUACAGCAAGUGCAGGCUCUACACUCCCUGAGGAGUAUAUCAAAGGGCAAGAAAAAGCUGCCUUGGGGAGACUGGUUGAGUUCAAAACGCAAGAACUUACCUUGCUGUCUUUCAAUAUGUGUCUUUCCUGUACUGGACGUGCAGCAGCCCCCAUCAUCCAGGAGACAGAAGUCAGCAGGAGAAAAAAACAGGCAGAGUGGUGGAUGCAUGUGGAAUACUGCCUGAUACAGCUCUGCAACAAGCUACUUCCCUGUCUUGCAAGUUAUCUUUUUUUCCUUUGGGCAGGAGCAAAACUUCCAGCUCAAUUUUUUUUAUAUUUCAGCAGCCCCCCCUUUUCACGUGAAAAAUCAAAGAGCAAUUAACUUCCCAACAAUACAUUGUUUGGAUUUAACCCUUACUUAGAGCUUCUGGAUUGUGCUGCUAUUAAGUGUGAAUUUGCUGUUAAUUUAAGCUGCAUAUGCAUUCUGUUUGCUAAAAAAACAAACCAUAAUUUCCUCACCAUUAUUCCUAUAAUGACCAGGCAGUC